CUGAAAACAGGGAUCAGUACGUGUGCUUUGCUUGUUGAUGUUCUCGCGCAAUCGGCUUAAGCGAUUGUUUACGUCCGCACCAAUGUCGUUGAAGCUCGCGGCCACGUCGCUGACCCGCACGCUCUGGAGCGGAGGAAGCCGAAAACGAUCCCCCAAAGUCAACGGCGCGUGCUGCGUCACCUUACGCGGCCACGACGGGACAAAAGAACGAAGUGGCUGCUCCGGCCCCUCCGGGGGGGCGAGCGUUGGCGACGUUCAGCCGCGCAGCGAGCCGCCCCUCAGGGACACCACCCCCACCCACGCCGGACAGCGAGCCGAGGAGCCGGCGGGCGCGCCCGGUGUGACUGGCGCGAGGAGACGGGCGUCCACCACCGCCACUGCUCCCGUGGACCAGAAAUCCUACAUGUGGGCUCGUUACUCCGACCUGAGACGACUGGUCCACGAACUAAUUCCACCCGGCGCGUGCAAGUCCCUCAACUCGUCGGCCAUCUACGCCAACAACGAGGUCAGCUUGGCCGAAGUGGACAUCUACGGCUUUGACUACGACUACACGCUGGCUUUGUAUUCUAAUGCGCUCAACACAAUGAUUUACAACACAGCGAGGGACUUUCUCAUUGAGCACUUCAAGUACCCCGAGGAAAUCCUCAGCUAUGAUUACAUUCCCAACUUUGCAGCUCGGGGGCUGCACUAUGAUAUCCAAAAGGGUCUCCUGAUGAAGAUAGAUGCCUUCCAUUACAUUCAAUCAGGAACAGUAUACAGGGGUCUCAAGCCAGUGCCUGACGAGGAAGUCCUCAAGCUCUACGGCGGAACUUACCAUAUCCCACUGCAGCAGGAUAGUGGAUUCUAUGGAAAGGGCCCUAAGGUGAAACAGUUCAUGGACAUCUUCUCCAUCCCUGAGAUGACUCUCUUGGCUGUGGCAAAUGAUUUUUUCAUCACCAAUGACAUUGAUUAUGAUCCAGUACACCUCUCCAAAGAUGUCUCAGAAGCAAUUGGCAUGGUUCACCUCAAAGGCUUCAUGUACAAGUGGAUCAUGCAAGAUCUUGACAAGUUCAUUCUGAGAGGAGAGGAGACAGAUGCUGUUUUGCACCGACUCGUCAGUCAUGGGAAGAAACUUUUCCUCAUCACCAACAGUCCCUUCAGCUUUGUGGACAAAGGCAUGACGCACAUGGUGGGAAAAGAGUGGCGAGACUUCUUUGACGUCAUCAUCGUGCAGGCGGACAAACCCCACUUCUUCACCGACUGCGUCAAACCCUUCAGACGCCUGGAUGGAAAUGGGGACCUUCGCUGGGAAAAGAUCAGCAGUUUAGACAAAGGGCACAUCUACAAACAGGGAAAUUUGUUUGACUUUCUCAGGUUGACGGGCUGGCGAGGAUCGAAGGUUCUUUACUUUGGAGACCAUCUUUAUAGCGACUUGGCUGACCUGAUGCUACGACACGGCUGGCGUACAGGCGCCAUUGUACCAGAACUGGAGCAUGAAACCAAAGUUGUAAGCACAGACCGCUACGCUCUCAGCCUCACGUGGCUCCAGGCCCUCACCGGCCUGAUGGAACGAUUACAGAUGCACCGUGACCCGAACUCUCAACAGGUGCUUGACGAGUGGCAGAAGGAGCGAGAAGAACUCAGGGUGAUGACAAAGAACCUGUUCAACCCCCAGUUCGGCAGCAUCUUCAGAACGUGCCACAACCCCACGUACUUCUCCAGACGCCUGUCUCGCUUCUCCGACCUCUACAUGGCCUCCCUCAGUUGUCUUUUGAACUACGACCUCUCGCACACUUUCUACCCACGCCGCACCCCUCUGCAGCACGAGGCACCGCUGUGGAUGGACCAGCUCUGCACAGGAUGCAUGAAAACACCGUUUCUGGAGGAGAUGGCCCAAAUACGAUGAGCGGAUAGAUUUUUGGAAACUUUAUUGCCUUUCACGACGCUGAUAUGUUUGGGUACCGGAAGGCGGCACAAAACUGUACUUAGUGACCAGUUUGGCUGAAGAAGUAGAUUAAAAACUGCCUGAGGAUAGUAUGCUGCUUGGGCUGCUAAAACUAAUUGAAAAACAAAAACGCACAAUUAGCUUUUUAUAUUUAGUUGUGUCAAUGAAAUCGUGUAUACGUAAAUAGUGCAUGUGCAAUUCACUUUUUCAAGUAGAUGUAUACCGCUUUCAAAUUUAUUUUUUUUUGUUGUUGUUUUUUUUUUUUUUUUUAAAUGGAGGAAACCACAUGGGAAAUUACAAAGGAGUAUUCGGGCUACACUUUAAAGAAAGAAAUGAGAAUACAGUGGCGCCUUGAGAUAGGAGUGCUUUCACUUUCGACUUUUUCAAGAUGCGAGCGGUCACGUGGCCUUUUUUUUUUGUCUUGAGAUAUGAGUGAGAUCCAGCGAGAGAGAGAGAGAGAGAUUAUUUCAUUGCAUUUCCAUUCAUGUCAGUGUUUUAAGUUAAGUGUGCGGUCACGGAAAGAAACUCUCAAUGCACCACCGUGCACCACAAUAAAAUUGGAAUCUUACGAGUGCAAAGUUGGAUUCCAUAAAAAUGUUUGUUUCACAAUGAAAAAGUUCCCAAGAUAUUUUUCUUGAAAUAGUUUUGUGUUUUUGAGAUAAAAAGUCAUAAGAGUGCAAGUGUAGUCCGUGGAACUUAAUUUGAUGAGCCUUCUGCUUUCUAUAGGACAGUGGUAACAGUGUUCAGCGUGGAAGGUCAUAUUUCUCUGUUGAAAAUGGCUUUUAUUGAAUAGAAAUAUGUGUGAAUAAUCAUUUCAGUAUGUGUAUGCGGUCAAGUAACCCAGUUUGGCUUGCCCGUGGCAAAGUUCAAAUGUCUACUACAGCAGACACUAGUUGUGCGUUGUAAUGUAACGUUGGCAUGGGUUAGGUCAGAAAAUACAUUAGAGAUUAGGUAGCAACUCCAGAAAAAAAAAAAAAAAAAAGUAAAAUACUGGAUUCUUGUAGACCACACCAAAGAGCACCAUUGCUUGUGGGGUUAACCUUGCCUCAGUAGUCUCAAAUGGUGGUUGUUCAGAUGUUUACUUACAAUGUACAAGUCUUACCUUCUAUGCGAAUAUACAAAUGUACUCCGUGGCAAUGCAUCUCAUGAAUGUAUGGUUCAAUAAAAUAACAGGAUUUUACUGUAAAA